GAUUCUCUCCUGAUUUAGACCAUUCCACACUCUGCAAACAUUUUUAUCACAGACUACAGCCUGAUUAUCUGAUGAUAAUGGAGCGCCUAUUUCUGCUGGGUCUCACAUGCCUGAUCUUUAUGCACACAUCAGCAGCGAGCCCUGUAAACUCAACAGAAGGGUGUGAAUCCAUGUUCUGUACUAAGAAUGAAGUCUGCUGGAAGAUACAUGGAGGCUAUGGCUGUGCCUGUGGGAACAAUACAAAGCCCAACCCAUACACUUAUGACGCCAUUGAAACAUGUUCAGGAAGUACUGGAUCACUGUCUUUGUCUCGCUGUCAGCUCUUUGAGGCCGGAUAUUCUAUAGACACCCUCCACCUUAACAACCCAAGAUGCAAAGGAACACUCAAAGAAGGCAGCUUGGUGUUUUCCUUUGACAGCCAUGACAAAAUAUGUAACACAUCUCUGCAGAAUAACGGCACACACAUCAUCUUCAUGAACAGUGUUGGGACAACUAAUGGGACCGGUGUGAUCAGUCGCUCUGAAGGCCUCAACAUCAAUUUUUCCUGUUCCUAUCCAGUCAUCGAGAGCAUCUCCAUGCCUCUAGCCAUCUAUGCCAACAAAACUGUCAUCUACAAGGGUCUGUCUUCUGAGGGCUAUUACCAGAUCACCAUGAUCCCGUAUACUAAUGCUACAUUCGAUCAUCCGUACACUGGAAAUGUGACCCUAAAAGUAAACGAACAGAUGUACAUAGCUUUGGAAGUGACUCCGUUUGACAGCAGUCAGGUCGCUCUUGUGCUGGACCACUGCUGGGCCACUCCUUUCAACCAGAGUGACUCUUUCCCCCAAUGGGAUCUGAUCGUUAACGAGUGUCCAAACAAGUAUGAUAGCACAGUGAAGGUGUUUCAGAACGGCAACUCCACAGUCAGCCAAUUCUCAUUCAGGAUGUUCACAUUCACCGGCUUCUCCAACAAGAUCUACCUGCACUGCAAGGUCCAUCUCUGUCUGAAGAAGUCAGGAAACUGUCCAGCGCAAUGCCCUCAUCACAGAAGACGCAGAUCUGUGGAUUUCUUUGACUCAGCUUUCAUUUCCAUGGAAGUGUGAUUCGUCUUCUUGAAACUUUCUUUGAUUUUUUUUUCCUUUCUUGUUGCCCUGAGAAUUAUAAUCAUUAAGCAAUGAUAUGUAAUCAAAACAAACGGUUCCUAUCCGUAAGAUUUUGUAGGUGAUUUUAUUCUACUCUACUGAAUUAAUCACUAAUAAUAAAUCUGUCAAGCAUUU